UUUGAGAAAAAAGAGAGCACUAGGGUUUGUAGUUUCUGCGUACGUAAACUAAACAGAAGCGUUCCGUAGAAGGGUUUCUGUUUUGCAUUUGAAGAGAGAGAGAGAGAGAGAGAGCGAUGGAGAUUUUCACAUUCAUCCUGCGCAAAUCCGGCGACAAAUGGACGGCAAAGCAAUAUUCCGGCGACAUUGAGGAGUCGGCUCCGUCCACCUUUGAGAUUCAGAGGAAACUCGUUAAGGCUGCUGACGCCGCCGACUCCUCCGCUGCCGUUCGGACCUCUUUCUCCGUCGUUUCACCUUCCUCUGCCAUUUUCCAGGUGGUUGUGGGUGGUGCAGGAAUAGUUGUAGGUGGUGUGGCUGCAGCAGCAGCUGCUCCUGCUGCGUCUAAAGAGGCUGCUCCGGCUGCAGAGAAGAAGGAAGAAAAAGUGGAGGAAGAAGAGGAUGAUGAUGAUUUGGGAUUGUCACUCUUUGAUUAAUUACAUCACUUUACUAUUUUCUACAUUUUUUUUCAUGCGAACAAACAAACAUGCAUCUUUAGUU